UAGCCCUCUCAAUCUAAAGAUAAUCGCUGCUUAAAUUCUUCAAAUAGUACUUAUUUGAACAGCAAACCAAUUAAUAAAUUAUACUAAAACUUGCUCAUAGAAUGGACAGUGAAUAUAAACUGUCUCACAAAACUAAGAAACGAAUUAAAGAAGCGAAAAGAAAAGCCAGACCCGAAUUAGUUGAUAAACAUCAGUGGACCAUACUAAAAUACCACAACAACUUUACUGAGUUCCUCCAGUGCAAGGACAAUGUUGACCGAAUUAGUGCUAUUCAAGUCACACCUGAAGAAUUCAUUGAGAAAUAUGAGAAAAUAUAUAAACCUGUAGUCAUAACUGAUGUGCAAACUAACUGGAAAGCAAAUUACAAGUGGACUUUAGACCGACUUGUUAAAAAAUAUCGGAAUCAAAAAUUCAAGUGUGGUGAAGACAAUGAUGGCUAUAGUGUUAAGAUGAAAAUGAAGUAUUAUGUAGAAUAUAUGAGAACCACCAUUGAUGAUAGUCCACUGUAUAUUUUUGAUAGCAGUUUUGGGGAGCACCCAAGAAGAAAAAAACUCCUAGAGGACUAUGAUGUUCCAUUAUAUUUUAGGGAUGACUUGUUUAAAUAUUGUGGUGAAGAGAGGAGACCACCUUAUCGCUGGUUUGUCAUGGGUCCCCAAAGAUCUGGGACUGGGAUUCAUAUUGAUCCUUUAGGGACUAGUGCUUGGAAUGCUUUAGUUUUUGGACAUAAAAGAUGGUGCCUGUUCCCAACUCAGACUCCAAGGGAAAUGAUUAAAGUGACAGGGGCUAUGGGGGGAAAACAAAGGGACGAAGCUAUAACAUGGUUUAAAUUAAUUUAUCCAAAGACUCAGUUGGACACUUGGCCGAAAGAGUAUCAACCGGUGGAGAUACUUCAAAGACCUGGGGAUACGGUGUUUGUGCCUGGAGGCUGGUGGCAUGUGGUCUUGAACUUAGAUGACACAGUAGCCAUCACCCAAAACUUCUGCAGUCGCACCAACUUCCCGGUAGUGUGGCAUAAGUCCGUCCGAGGUCGACCAAAGCUCUCCAAAAAAUGGCUCAAGGUCUUGGAAGCCAAAGAACCUGACUUAUAUAAGAUAGCAAGCAGUGUUGACGUCAACCAGAGUACUGGAGUGGCUUCAGACAGUUCAUCUAACAGCAGUUCUUCAAGCAGUGAUAGUGACACUAGCUCUUCAGAUAGUUCAGAAGAAGAUAGCGGCCAGGAAAGUAUCACUGCCCACAAGAAAAAGCGGAGAAAGAAGCUUUGAGUAUACGAAAACAAUUACUAACUUCAUCAGAACCAGACCUAAUAAUUUAAUUAGUUAAUCACAGAAGUGUUGAUCUUUGCAAAAUUAUAUGUAUACUAAUUAUUUCAUU